UUGGUACAAACCGAGACGAACUGCUUUUUAAAAUGUGACCGUUGUUGUCAAAUUUUAGGCGACGAAAUUUGCUCUCAACCACAAGUCACUGGUGUUGGGGAAUCACAGUUACUCCGGUGGUCGUUCCGCCCAACUAUCAAAGUCUGCAAAUCGUUCAUCUACUUGGGUUCGAAAGGAAAUCAAAAUAACUUCUUCUCGAAGGAGAGCUGCGAAACUGCUUGUCGACGUAAGAAUAUCAAAUACAUUCCAAAUGCAGAGUCUGUUACCUCUCGAUUUCCUAAAAUGUAA